UUAUCAGAACUUCAAGUUGGUCGCAUUAGAAAAAGAAGAAGUAUUGAGAGCGCGUGUAUUGCUAAAAAAAAAACCAAAACAAAGCCAUAUCACCUCCUCAUAAAAUGCUGAUAAGUAGCAAAAUCACCAGAGUUUUUCCCCCCUAAGUGUCGCAAUAAGUCCCCUAAAGGUGUGCCUCAGCCACGAAAGUCUCAAAGAAACCAGUCAAUCGUCGUGGAGCAAGACAUGAGGUGAAAAAUUGCAGUCUUGAAAAUUUGCACUUAUCAUUAUCUCAAGGUUUUUAUUGUGUUCAAAAUAUCUAUUAAUUUUUUGCGUGUGAAUUAUAUACACAGCAUUAAAUGGAGUCCCAUCGGUCAAAUGGCAACGAAGAGUAUCAGGAAAGAGAGGAAAUUACAUCAUCAGUGGACAGCUUACUUCCACAAACCACUCCAGUGAACCAAGAAGAAAAUCCCAGUAUUGAAAUUUCAAGGAGAAGAUCAAUUUGUACAAUAGAACCCGUUCUUUUCUUGAUAUUCUUCGCGUGGAAUCUCUCAGGUAAUGUGUUGACCAACCAAAUUGUCUAUCAGACAUGCACAGCACUGUUGGGAUUCAACGAAAGCGACUGCAGACAGCUAGGUACUGCCAAUGAGAGUGAAUAUAUUGAGAGUCUGGAGCAGAAAGUUCAGCCUUAUACAGCAAAGAUUAUCAUGGUACGAUCACUGAUGGAACAAAUCUUACCAGCCUUCUGUAGUCUUUUCUUGGGACCGUGGUCUGAUAAAUUUGGCCGCAAACCACUCCUGUACGCUUGUUUUUCCGGAUAUAUAAGCGUCUUCUUUCUUUUGGUGGGAAUAUCCUUUGCAUCCAUGAUAUUUACAAUCACUCCGUGGUUGUAUAUUCUUGCUUAUGUACCUGUAAUGUUCUCUGGUGGGACAUGUGCCCUUAUCACGGGAACCUUCUGUUAUAUUACGGAUAUAACGACAGAAAAAAAUCGUGCAAUACGUAUGGGUAUAGCUGAAGGUGUUCUUUUUGCUGGUCUCUUUCUUGGCUCCAUAUCCAGUAGCUAUGUUCUCCAAUUAACUAACGUCUCAACCGUAUUUACCAUCUCGGGGCUAUUCUGUAUCCUUGGUAUCCUCUACAUCUGGCUUUGUCUGCCUGAGACGAUUGAUUACGAGGAUUUCGUGGGGUCCAAAUUUCGAGAACUAUUUCGUUUUGAUCACGUCUGUGAUAUGUUCAAAACUUCCUUCAUGCCACGUCCGGAUAAUCGUCGGGUCAUCAUUUGGCUGGCAAUUGCUGGACUUGUAGUUUCGAUCGCCAUGAUGGAAGGCAAUAUGUCUGUAUUCUUCCUCUUUACUCGCGCCAAAUUCGGCUGGACCAUUCGCGAGUACACUAUCUACGAAUCUGUGAGCAUUGUGGUGCAAAUGGUCGGAGGCAUUGUGACUCUAUGUAUCCUCAAAAAAAUCUUCGGGAUAUCAGACGCCAUGCUGGCUGCAUUAUCAUUUGGCAGUGAUUGCCUGCAGAAUUUCACACGCACGAUUGCUAAUACACCGCGUGAUCUCUAUAUUGGUGUUGGAGUGGGCAUUAUAAAGAGCAUUUCUGGACCAAUGGGACGUGCUGUAGUGUCCAAUGUCACACCACCAAGUGACAUAGGCAAAAUAUUCUCCCUGGUUACAGCACUUGAAUCAAUUUCUCCCAUUAUCUCAACACCACUCUUCACAUUGAUCUACACCAGUACAAUUGAUACCUUUCCUUCAGCUUUUAACGCUGUCAGUACAGGAGGAACAUUCCUUUGUUUUCUCUGGAUGCUAAUAAUUUAUAUCCUUGAACUUGGGCUACCACGAAUACCUUACGACAACCUUCAAACAACUACCAGUUAAUCUGAACUUUUUCUUCUGUUACACAAUUUAAUCCAUGGGUACAGGUCUUAACAUAAAGCGAUAGGAUACUUUCCUGGAACUGAUGGAACAACGUGACUGACCUAUAGCCUCGACCAAAUAUACGAGUUUUUAUCGCAAUCUGAUGAAUCCAGGGAAUAUGGUUUUGGAUAUGGGCAAUUCUGUUUGUAGUAAUCACUUGGAGCGUGCAUCACAAACUGCAACGUAGACAAUUUCCUAGGAAAAUCCUCAUCUGGACCUAAAAGAAAUUUAUUAUAUUAUGUAUAUGAAGAACAUACAUAUGAAAGUGCAAUUGCAAUGUAAAUUCUUAUGUGAUGAACCUUUUAUAGAGCAACGAUUUGAUGCCAAAA